UUUAACAUACAAGUAUUUCCCUGUUCAACAAUUCUGCUGUCAACGUGCAUGAAGCCUUUCCCCUUUUCUAAGAGAAAAAUACCUUCUAAUAACAAUCAGUCAGAACAAUAUGUUUCCUUUAUGUUGUAUAUGAUUAUAUAACUUAACGUUUAUCACCUCCACCCUUCAUGAUCAAGUCUAGACUUGUAGUUUACUUUGAGAGCCCUAUAAAAGAACAUCUUCUGCUGAUCCGAGAGACAACGGCUGUCUUAUUAUUAGUGAAGACUGCAGGAUUUACAGGAAUAAUGAGUGCAUCUAAACCCAAGGAAAGUGGUGAGGUGAGAAUCGAACACUCUCUGAAUAAAAAUGAGGAAGAGUUUGUAGUCAAACGGAGAGACACUGUUCAACAAAGCCUGCAGAAGAUGCAGAUACAGUGUGGCCAGAAUGAGGUGCCAAACAUUGCCUUACUGGGUUCUGGAGGAGGGCAAAGAGCCAUGGUGGGAUUGCUGGGAUCCCUGGUUCAGCUCCAGAAAACAGGUCUUCUGGACUGCAUUCUUUAUCUGAGCGGAGUCUCUGGAUCCACCUGGUGCAUGGCCUCCUUAUAUCAGGAACCAGACUGGUCCACCAAACUAGAGACUGUGAAAGACAAGAUCAUCAAGAGACUCAACGGUCCUGGAGUCAACUGGAUAGACACAGUUUCCAAACUGAAGAAAUAUUACUAUGGGAAAGACUUCUUCAGCUUGACUGAUGUCUGGGCAGUGAUGUUCGUCUCAACAUAUAUGAAAGAGAUAGACGAACACACACUCACAGAUCAGCAGGACCAGCACAGUAAAGACCCGUUUCCCAUCUACACAGUGAUCGACAAGCACUGCAAACAGCGCAAGGAAGGCGACCCCUGGUUUGAGAUCACUCCACAUGAAGCAGGUUAUUCUCUCACUGGAGCGUUUGUGAACACUUCCAGCUUUGGCAGUCAGUUUGACAAUGGCUCUAAGAAGAAGCCGCAGGAUGAAAUUGACAUGCUGUACCUGCAAGCUUUGUGUAGCAGCGUUUUAGCUGAUGAAGAGGAGCUCUGGAAAUGGAUAAAAGAUCUUUUACUACCUGAAAUAAAAAAGAAAUCUGAGAAAAUGAGGCAAGAUCCAAACUCCCCACCUACAGACGAAUGUCACCAGGUGCUCUUGAACCUUGUGAACAUGAAUCUCGCGAUGUUGAAAGGCGCUGAUCCUUCUGCUUUUGAUAAAGACAUCAGAACAAAGCUGACAGACCUCGCUGGAGGCAAAAGUCAGCUAAUUUUUCAGGUGGAAAAACUGAAUGCUGAAAAAAUAGCUGACAAAAAAGCAGCAAAACUGUACAUGGAGCAAUACACCAUGGAUGUAUGCAACUUUUUGAGUGGUCGGUUCAAUUUCUGGCCAUUUGAUGUUUGCUUGAGCAUUUGCAGAUGUUUGGUUCAGUGGAUCUGGGGCAGGAAUUAUAACUUCCUUCAUAACAUGACAGAUCCAACAGUGCCCGCCGCUCUUCUGAAAAGUGAGACGAGAGACUAUGAAGAUGCUGGACUGUUGCUGAACUCACCCUACUUCUCAGUGCUGAGAAAAGAGAGAGACAUCGACCUCAUCAUUUCUCUGGACUUCAGCGCGGGUGAUGAUCCUUUCACGACAGUGAAGGAAGCUGCUGAGAUGUGCAACAAACUAAACAUCCCUUUUCCAGAGGCCAACAUAGCCAAUGAACUCUCAGACAGACCGAAGGACUUCUAUGUGUUCAAAGGCCAAAACACUCCAACAGUGAUCCACAUCCCUCUCUUUAAUAUGGUCAACUGUGGAGACAAAAUUGAGGCCUGGAGGAACAAAUAUACGACUUUUCAAGGUCCUUACAGCGCUGAGAUGAUCACUGAUCUCAUGAAGGUCGCUGGAAGAAACAUCAUAAACAACAGAGUGAAACUGCUGGAGCAGAUCCGUGCGGUCACUAAAGCUAAAUGGCACCAAGCAAUGGCACGACAAAAUCCAACACUGUGACUAAACUGAAUAUGCAACCAAUGGCAAUCUGAUUUAAGAUUAAACAAAAAAAUAUAUUUCUUUUUCUGUCUUAAUCAUCACUUAGCAUUAAUUAGCAUUAUUACUUUUUUAAAUGUGAUUUGUGUCAUCAGAGGUUAGUCAUGUUUGUUUAAUAAUUUCUGUUUAAUAAAUGUUUUAAUACAUUCCUUCAUGCAUGAAUUUUUAGCUGAUCAUUAAUAAUCAAAUCAACAAGAUUGAAUUAGAAACAUAAUUGCCGAUUAAAACACUGUAUUACUUUGCUUCUAUUCCAAUUAAUUAAA